AGGAUGUAUGGGUCAUUUUGACCAGUCAUUCCCUCGCUCUGGCAUCCCACAAUUUUUCCGCCUCCCUCCGAAAGAGAUAAUAAUAUUUAGAGGCUCUCGCUGGGCUGAAUGAGAAUUAGCCCUAGGCGCAGCCCAUCAUUAGGACGGGACAGCCUGGCCACUGUGACAUUUUUAAGAAAGCUGAGAUGAUGGAAAGAAUAAGAAAAGAGAUGAUUCUGAUGGAGAGAGGGCUGCACAGCCCUACGGCCGGCAAGAGGUUCUCCAACUUGUCCGACUCAGCCGGCAAUGCAGUGCUCGAGGCCUUGGAAAAUUCGCAGCACCCGGCUCGCCUCAGCCCGCGCCUGCCGUCCGCCCCUCUGCACGGCGCUCUGGGAGACCUCCCAGCCAAGGGCAAAUUCGAAAUAGACACUUUGUUCAACCUGCAGCACCCAGGCAGCGAAAGCACCGUCUCCUCCGAAAUCGCCUCGGUCGCCGAGACCCGCAAGAAGCCGAGCCAUUAUUCAGAGGCAGCCGCCGAGGCUGACAUGAGUAGCGACGUGGAGGUGGGCUGCUCAGCGCUGCGCUCCCCCGGCAGCCUCGGGGCUACGCCGCUCAAGGAAAACAAUGGCAAAGGGUACGCGGAGAGCGGCUCCUCUGGGGGCACCACGACGUCGGCUUCCAGUUCCGGCCUCGGCAGCCUUCAUGGAGGUGGUGGCGGCAGCAGUGGAGGCGCUACGCUGGGCAGCUCCAGCUCCGGCGCGGAUCAGGUGCGGCGCUACCGUACGGCGUUCACCCGCGAGCAGAUUGCCCGCCUGGAGAAGGAGUUUUACCGGGAGAACUACGUGUCGCGGCCCCGCCGGUGCGAGCUGGCUGCGGCUCUCAACCUGCCCGAAACCACCAUCAAGGUGUGGUUCCAGAACCGGCGCAUGAAGGACAAGCGGCAGCGUCUGGCCAUGUCGUGGCCGCACCCAGCCGACCCCAGCUUCUACACCUACAUGAUGACGCACGCGGCCGCCACCGGAAGCCUGCCUUACCCCUUCCACUCGCAUGUGCCGUUGCACUACUACCCACACGUGGGUGUCACUGCGGCGGCAGCAGCGGCGGCAGCUUCUGGUGCAGCGGCUGCGGCGUCGUCGCCCUUCGCCACUUCCAUCCGUCCGCUGGACACCUUUCGCGCCCUCUCGCACCCCUACUCGCGGCCAGAGCUGCUGUGCAGUUUCCGCCACCCGGGUCUCUACCAGGCGCCCGCUGCCGCUGCGGGCCUCAACAGCGCGGCCUCGGCCGCAGCGGCCGCAGCAGCGGCCGCGGCUGCCGCUUCUUCAGCGGCUGCCGCCGGGGCGCCCCCCAGCGGCGGCUCCGCACCCUGUUCGUGCCUCAGUUGCCACAGUAGUCAGUCGGCCGCAGCUGCCGCAGCCGCCGCAGCUGCAGCCCUGGGUUCCCGGGGUGGCGGAGGUGGCGGCGGCGGCGGCGGUGGCAGUGGCGCAGGGGCCACGGGCGGUUCGGACUUUGGCUGCAGCUCCGCGGCGCCGCGCUCCGAAAGCGGCUUCCUGCCCUACUCGGCUGCGGUGCUUAGUAAGACCGCGGUAAGUCCGCCAGACCAGAGGGAUGAGGCUCCGCUCACCAGAUAACUACGUCGCCACCGCCAGGGGGCCGCACCUGCAGUUUCUGCAUGUGCCCGGGAGUCCCCUGUGUACCCCCUGUGCCCACUGCGCGCUGCCCGCCGCUACCGCUGCCGCUAGGGGGCGCCCUGGGGCACGGGAGGCUGAAGGAAAACUGCCCCAAGUCGGGGGAAAGGAGCCGGCGCAAAAGUCUGGCGGGCGUCCCCCCAAAUUAUUUCUAUUUUUAUAUUUGCCACCCAGCCAUCUCUUCUACUCUCCCUCCUCUGUCUCCUACCAUCCAGGCCCCACUUUCUGCCUCUGUUCUGAGCUCCUGGUCUCCCAGAAGACAAUGUCCCCAACCCCUAAACCACUUCUACCUAGUCUCUAGUCCUGGCUGUGCGCUUUCAGGCCUAAGUCACGCAGCUGAACUGCGUGGCGAGAAGCAACGGAGACCCACAACAAACAGAGAGGGAAAUAGUGUGCGCUGGUGCUUGCGGGACGGGAGGAUUCACUCCGAAGGUUGCUGCUACUGCUUUUUUAUUUCCGUCCUUCCUUUCUGUUCUUUAAAGAAGGGUUGGGGGAGGUGGCAAAUUUUCUCUUGGCCUGAGCUUGUUGGGAGGGCCCUGCCUGAGGAAAAGAUGAGAAUGAAGAAGGUCCGAGGAGGCGGAGAGGACGAAUGGAGAGCGCGGGGAUGUGUUUGUGAGAGCGUUUACUGCGUUCAGGAGCAAGGCGGGUAGGGCUGUGGCCGCCUUUCCCGGGAAGUACAAAGGAGAUGGGAAGGGUUGGCAGUUCCGCCUCCUUCUUCUCGGUCCACCACCGUCCUCUUUUUAAGUCUUUGGUUUCAGUGCGGAUAGAAGCGCCUUGCAUACUUUAUGCAAAAAAUGGUGGCUAAUAAGGUUGCCCCAGCCAAGCCAGGGAAUCGAAGGGAAGGGAGCAGGGGAGGACAAGACAGAGUGCUGUAAUAUUUGGGGAGGCUUUUACAGCUUAGUUUUCCAACUACCGGGUUCCACUCGAUCUGGGAAAUACUUGAAUAUGAUGAUAUCCUGAAGAAUUUCCUUAGACACUUUUCUAAGUCCGAACUCUCUAUUCCCUCGUCCCCUUCUCUCCUUGCUUUUCCUUUCCUCCGGUGCAAUGGUUCUUGGUAUAUUUCUCAUGCAUGUGUAUUGCGCCUUCGCCUCUGCAAAGCCACAGCUGGGUUGCUGAGGCCCGCUCUGCCAAACAGGCUAUUGGAGGGGUUUCCUUGAACUUGAAGAAAGGUACAUCAAAACCCACCAGUGUUAACUGCCACGUCAAUUUUGAUGCUAAUAAUGUGCAGAUUAUGACGAAAAUUGCCAAUCAUGCUCUCUGAUGGACCUCCUUUGAAUGUGGAAUUGGAGAAAAGUUCCCCGCACGGAGACCUGCUGUCAAGUACUAACAACCCGCUAAGGGAAGUCAUUAGGAGAGACGGAUAAGAGACUCGGUACAUAAAACAUUGUUCUUGGUGCAUAGAAUGUAUGUUAUUUAAUGUUAUCUCUGUUACAUGAAGUGAUUUUGCAGAAGAAAGCCACGUUCUUAUCAUCUCAAUUGCCAAUUUUCAUUUUGGUAACUUGGACGCCCUGGGUAGACUUUUCUCUGUUAAGUUGAUAUUCCACCAAUGUGAACAGCCUCAUUAAAUCAAGCCCAGAUAUUUCCAUAAUGCUCCCCGCAGAGCCACUUCGCUUCUCACAUAAUGAGAUUUUCUGAGAGUCGAAGCCCUAAAAUAACUUGCUAGUGCAUGUUUAGGCCCAGCGAAGUGGGUAUGUGUGUGUGUAUUAAAAACGUAGUUAUGCUACCUAUGUGUUUGUGUAUGUGUAUAUAUAUGUAUAUGUAUGUAUAUGCAUAUAUAUAUCCGUGCUCUUAAACAAAUACAUAUGUAAGAGAUACACACAUAUUCAUAUAUACACAUUGGAACUAUUUUCUGUGAUUUAUCUCAAAUUUGUGUGCUGACAUAUUUUUGUUAUUUUAAAGACACUGGAUUUUCAAGUUUCAUUUUCUAAAAAUAGGCUUUCAGUAAUCAUUUGAAAGAAUUCAUUUUCCAGGAGAAAUUAUUUUCAUCAAAUGGAAAAUUAUUUCAAGGGGAAGCAGUAUUGCAAAACUUCUGGGGUUUAUUAAAAUAUUUCUAUAAAAUAUUAGAGAACUUCCCAAUGAAAUAGCAAUGAUCUAAAACUCAAGAUUUUGUUUUCUUUUUAAGGAGAUGAGACUACUUAUGUAAAAUAUUGAUUAUACCAACACUUAUUCACUGAGUUUACAUUUAAAAAAUAUUAAUAUAUAAUUUAAGGCUACAUAGAAUAAACCAAAAUACGGUACUCUUUUAUCAGCUUUACCUUUUUAGAAUGUUAAAGUCCUUUGUUUUGAUCAGCUAACAGAUGUAUAUAAGGUACUUUAGGCAAUAAUGUUUACAUUUCCCCCCCAAAUAUAUAUGAUCAAUGAGAACGCUGGUUGGUAAAAUUAACAUAAGUUCAUCAUAUGCUAGGUCCAUUGGAUCUGGUGAUUAUAUUAAAAUAAAACUGUAAAUAAAGUCUUUGUGCUUUAAAUAUUGCUGGCUGUAUGAACUCACUGUAAGAUAUUUUACAAAUGUGCAAUAAUUAUAAAGCUUUGUAUAUUACGUUAUUUAUUGUGUUUGGUCAUGUAAAAUAAAUGUUAUUUAAAUCAA